UUAUUAUGGGGAGAAAUAAGAAUUUUUGAAGAGAGGGUGGGGUAUAUUGAGUUAAACUCCCUCUCAGCUUCUCCGUCGUGGUUAAUUUUUUGUUGAUUCUCCCAGAGAUUGCAAUUAAUUCAGUAGCUCCAAGUCCGUUCUUAGCUUAAGCUGAAUCUCGAUGGUUUACAUAGUUUCAUGGGACGAAUUCGUAGAUCGAUCUGUUCAGCUUUUCAAAGCUGAUCCCGAAUCUACUCGGUAUGUUGUCAAGUAUAGACAUUGUGAUGGCAAGUUGGUUCUCAAGGUUACUGAUAACAAAGAGUGUCUCAAGUUCAAGACGGACCAAGCACAAGAAGCAAGGAAGAUGGAGAAACUGAAUAACAUAUUCUUCACCCUCAUGGCCAGAGGACCUGAUGUUGAUCUUUCUGAAGUGAACGGGAAAGAACAGAUGGAGACACAAUCUGUGAAGAAAGGAAGCGGAAGGAAGCAAUAAGUCCCAUGAUUCUGUUUUUUUUUUUUUUUUUGAGCAUCGAUUCUGUUUUUCUUUCUUUCUUUCUUGGUAUCAAGAUUUUGAUCCAUUUAUGGGGGAAGAUAUUUUGAGAUGGGAAUUGUGAUGAUAGGAUUAUUAAAUAUUUGUUCUAAUUUAACCUGACUUUGGAUCUAAAAAUCCAACUUUCAUCGAAAAUGCUAAUUAUGUAACCAUCUUAUCAUCCA